UUCUCCUGGACACCUGUUCCGCGCUCUACGCUCCUCUCCCAUUUCACAUUUCGCUUACAUUUGUGAUAGUGUCAUACGGUGCGUUUCGUCUGAUCUUCGAAUUUCAUCAUUUUCAGAAGGGACCUAAAAGAUGCUUGGAAGACGCGACACUGUACUUUGGUGUGUUCAUGCCCUCACCGGUCAAGCCAUACGAUAUCAGGACGUAUUGUUGAACACGAUAAAUCAUGAGGCAUUGGACUUCGAUGACAUAUUAAGUGGCAUGACAAAAUUUGUAUGGGAUAUGUACUCCGCGUGUGUCACACUGUUUAUCCCGUGGAUUGUGUGGUGUGCUGUGGAUGAGCUGUUUCUGAAGGAGAUGGAUGCUGCAGACAACUUUGAUGCUGAAGAAAUUGCGUUAGGUUUGGAACUCUAUGAUUUUGAGGUAGAUGAACUUUUGGAAAGACCUUGUGAAGAAUAACCUGCAAGUAAGAAAACUUGUUAAAAUAAUAUAUUUUCUUCUACUUAAUUUAUUUAUUAUUAGUACAUUUUGUAUAACACCUAUGUACAAAAUUAUAAACAUCUUUGGGU